CAAUCGGCUUUUGCAAAGCGUCCUAAGCUGACGUCAGCCCGGUACCGAUGAACAACCGGUAGCGUUGUGGAGAGCUGUGUGGUUGUCCGUUGUUUGUAGCUUUGUCCGUUAAUCCCCCUGUCAGACGUGCAAACAUCAUGCCUUUCGAUGUUAGGAGAUUCGAUAUCUACAGGAAAGUGCCAAAAGAUCUCACACAGCCUACAUACACAGGAGCUUUCAUUUCCAUUCUCUGCUGUGUCUUCAUACUCUUCCUGUUCCUGUCUGAGCUGACAGGAUUUAUAGCCACUGAAAUUGUAAAUGAACUGUAUGUGGAUGAUCCUGAUAAAGACAGUGGUGGGAAGAUAGAAGUGAGUUUAAACAUCAGUUUGCCAAACUUACACUGUGAUUUGGUGGGUUUGGACAUCCAGGAUGAGAUGGGCCGCCACGAGGUCGGUCACAUAGACAACUCGAUGAAGGUCCCUCUCAACCAGGGUGAUGGUUGUCGCUUUGAGGGAGAGUUCACCAUCAACAAAGUACCAGGAAACUUCCACGUGUCAACACACAGCGCUACAGCGCAGCCCCAAAGCCCUGACAUGACCCACACCAUCCACAAGCUGGCCUUUGGAGAAAAGCUCCAGGUACAAAAAGUACAAGGAGCCUUCAAUGCGUUAGGAGGGGCAGACAGGCUGUCAUCAAAUCCUCUGGCCUCACAUGACUACAUACUGAAGAUCGUUCCAACAGUGUAUGAAGACCUAUCAGGAAAACAGAGGUUCUCCUACCAGUACACGGUAGCCAACAAGGAAUAUGUUGCUUACAGCCACACGGGCAGGAUCAUCCCAGCCAUUUGGUUCCGAUACGACCUCAGUCCAAUCACAGUCAAGUACACAGAGAGGAGACAGCCCUUCUACCGCUUCAUCACAACAAUCUGCGCCAUCGUUGGCGGGACGUUCACAGUCGCAGGAAUCAUCGACUCCUGUAUAUUCACUGCUUCAGAGGCCUGGAAGAAGAUCCAGAUAGGAAAAAUGUCAUGAGGACUGUUCCCCACCCCUCCUUACAUCUUAUUUAUAAGUACAAAGUUGCUAGCCUGUUAGCUAAAUCCAAUCCUUGCUCAAUCCAACUUCCUUUUGGAGAUUGUAUCACCGCGACCAAUGAAGUGGCUCCGGCACUCGAUCUAACUACCAGACUACACGGCUGCGUCUCAGUUACUUAAGGUCCUCUCAGGCUCCAUCUGCUCUGGUGAUGUGUGGACGCUGACUAUCAUAUGUCUGCUUCCUCCGUCUUCAGUGUCAGGAGAGGAGAGGAGAGGGAAGCUCUUUUGUUACUUUGGGGAUGAAUUCUAAAGUACUGUGUAUCAGGGUUCAACCAGUAUUUGAAGGCUGCACCUGCUUUUUUUUUUUUUUUUUUAGAAUGAAGUAAAAAAAAAAAGAAAAAAAAAAGAAGAAGCUGAUAUUUGUGCUGAUAUUCAAUUUUUAAAAAUUUGGUCCUAGCACCAUGUGACACAAAUCUCCACAUAUAUUCAAUCAUAGGGACAUUUUCAAUUUACAGCUGAAUGAUUUACAGUCAAAAAGACAUCACUCAGUAUUUAAAUUAAUUCAAAAAUAGAUCAUUUCAGAUAGGUCUAUUGUUCAACCAGUAUACCGAUCUUACUGUACUGUGUUUUUCUCCCCAAUACUGCCAAAGGGAAUGAUCAGUUGAAGGAAGGGUUCUGGUUUAUGAGACCCUGCUGUGUGGCAUAGACUGGACUGAACUCUAAAGUAUUUCGGUAAUUCACACUGUCCAUAAAACAGAAUUUUAUAUCAUUAUUUUUUCAGCCCAUCAAUUUUAUCUCCAGUAUUCAAACUAUGUGCCUUUUAGGUUUACUGUUCUGCCACACAGGAUUUUCAUCUGCUCUCAGUCCUUUGUCAUUCUGUGGCUGCCACUAAAACUAGUAUUUCUGGUUCUUUCAUGCAUUACAUACAGUAGAUUCACAUUUUAGAGAUUUUUUUUCAAUACAGUGAUCAUUAUUUACCUUUCAGUCCAUAUACCAAAUAUUUCAUCAACGCUUUUAAAGGUCCUAGUUUUGACUUAUUUCAUUUCAAUUGUAAAAAAUAUAGUGAAUUUCUUAUUUUUUUCUAAGAGAUAACUUCAUUUAGUUUAUUUUACAUGGUACAUGAAUUUGUUUACUUCUUGUUUCCAUAUAGUUGUAAAUUGUAAAGAAGGUUUGGUUUUGUAAGGAGAGAACUUGUAGGCCAAGAUGUUUUUUCCCCCCCUUUUAUACUGUCGUAUAAAAUACCUCUCUGAUCAAGGACGGUGAUAAUCAUAAGCCCUGGGAACUGGUCUUUCUUCUGUAAAGGCCAUCCAUUUCCUUUUCUGUCUCAAAUUACUCUGUAAUGUUAUGUGUUCCUCAAGUAAAGGUACCGUAGAAAUCA